UCGUGUUUGUUUGGCGUCAGUGUGAACAUGGAAAACGAAAAAGUGCAUUUUCGGCAUUUAAUGCUUUUUUACUACCGCAAAGGCAAGAAUGCUGUUCAAGCAGCGAAAAAGAUAUGUGUUGUUUACGGAGACAAUGCUGUAAGUGAACGAACAGUGCGCGAAUGGUUUGUGAAAUUCAGACGGGGCGAAUUUAACGUUGAAGACCGGCCACGCUCCGGUAGGCCAUCUGCGGUUGAUGACGACCAAAUCAAGGCGCUGAUCACAAAUAAUCAGCAUAUUACCACUCGUGAGAUAGCAGAGAGACUCAAAGUGUCGAAUUCGACCAUUUAUGAGCAUUUGAUGCGGCUUGGCUUCGUUAGUCGCCUUGAUGUUUGGGUACCCCACGAAUUAACCGAAAGAAAUUUAAUGGACCGUAUUUCCACCUGCGAUUUAUUGCUCAAACGCAACGAAAACGACCCAUUUUUGAAACGGAUGAUAACGGGCGAUGAGAAAUGGAUCAUCUACAAUAAUGUUGAGCAAAAACGGUCGUGGAGUCAUUCGAGUGAGCCGCCAUCAACCACCCCAAAGGCCAAUAUCCAUGCCCAGAAAGUGAUGCUCUGUUGCUGGUGGGAUUGGAAGGGCAUUGUCUAUUACGAGCUGCUGCCGCAUAACCAAACGAUUAAUUCGGAUAAGUAUUGUAGCCAGCUGGACAAUUUGAAGCAAGCCAUUGACCAGAAGCUCCCAGAAUUGGCCAAUCGUAAAGGGGUGGUCUUUGACCAGGACAACGCUAGACCACAUGUGUCUUUGGCCACCCAGCGAAAGUUGUUGGAGCUUGGCUGGGAUGUCUUACCGUACCCAUCAUAUAGUCCUGACCUGGCACCUUCGGAUUACCAUCUGUUCCGCUCUUUGCAAAAUUCGCUCAACGGAAAAAAAUUCAAUUCUCUGGAGGACUGCAAACAGCACCUUGAGACGUUCUUUAGCGAUAAGCCAGGGACGUUCUAUGAGAGUGGCAUAAUGAAACUUCCCAAAAGAUGGCAAAACGUUAUCAAACAAAAUGGCGCAUAUAUUAUUGAAUAAACUUGAUUAUUAGUACAAAAA